GUGGAACCUCAGCGAUUUAGCAGGCGGUUGGUUGAAGAGGGACGGUUGCCAUCUCCGGGGCAUGGCGCGGAGAGGGCUCUGAGUGCCGCCUCUGGCAUGCAUGCCAUAGGUUCACCACCACUGGUCUAUAAAGAAGUAAGAUCCAUCAAUUUUUCUAUAAAAAUUACUAGGAAAGACGGUACUGUAGCAUUCUUCAACCUGGAUACCUUCCAGAUGCAUUGCAGUUGCUUUUCCCAGGCCAUGUUAUCUGAAAUUGUAGGAGCAAUAGUCUCCAGAUGUUUGGCGAGUUCCAGGAUAACUUUGGGUUUAUUUUUACAAUAAAUGCUGUUUAUGUUUAUUUGGUAUUAGAAAUACGUACCUGUAAAAGUGAUCUCAAUUCCCUGAAAACAACUAUUAAGUAAUGAUACACAGUAACUGAGCAAAUCAGUUCCGGUCCAGUCCCCUCGGUGCAAACAAUAUUUUAAGUCUGCCGCUCUGAUUCUUGACGGGCAGCUCAAAGGCAAGUCACGAGGCAAUCCGAAGCUUUAAUCCCGCCUCGACGAAAUGCUCCAUAGCUGCAUUCGGCUGGGGCGUGGAGUAAAAAGAAACGUCUCGGUAGGCCGGUUGUGAGGACGCUGAAAGCACGAUGAGCGGCGAGUCGCUGACUUUGGAUUGUAUUAUUCAUCUCUUCUCGUACUUGGAAGUACCGGAUCUACUCAGAGCAGCUCAAGUGAACAAGACAUGGAAUGAAGCAGCAGAGACCACCUUUCUCUGGAGAAAUAUGUGUCUAAAAAGGUGGGCUUUCUGCAAUAUUUCUGUGAUCCCAGGAACGCACUCUUGGAAAAAGUAUUACCUUCAUCGCUCAAAACUUGAAUCUAAGAUGACAUCAGGACAACCUUCUGUUGAUUAUACAUGUAAAGCUAUAAGAGGACACAAUGGGGUGAUAUAUGAAAUGGCUUAUCUAUCAGAGAAUGAGCAUACGUUUGCAACAGGAAAAGUAAAUUCCACCAUAUGUACCGUAUCUUCUGAUGGCACAGUCAGGGCAUGGAAUGUCCAAGAGGGUAAACAGAUUUGGUCUAGUCCCCAACAGGAAUUUCCACUAGUAAAUAUUAUCACAUUUCCUGCAUUUAACCUGGCAGCUACAGCAGACACUCAGGGGACAAUCACACUCUGGCAUGGGACUACAGGGGAAGAGCUUUCUACUUUUUCAGUGUUAUCCACAUCAUGCUGUAUGGUAGCCUACACAAUAAAGAAUAAUCCAUUCUUAAUGGUGGGCACUGAAGAAGGCUCACUUUAUACCUUGGCAGCAACUGAUCUAAGCCAAAUUUUAUACAAAAAAUUGUUUCAGAACUGUGGUAUACAGUUGUCUUUGUGUUCACCAGAUGGACAAUGGAUACUUGUUUGUCCUAGUGAUACUGCUUUUUCACCAAAGGUAUUUAACACACUUUAUGCAACUCAACCAGAAGAUGAUGAUUUGAUGCUAUCUAGUCCUUUACCUAUUAUAAAUCAUUGUGAUGUGAUGUGCUGGUUACCAGCAGAAUCAGCAAGAAUUGCCAUUUUGCACAAAAAUGAGAUGUUCCACAUUGAUAGCUUUGAUAUAGUAAUUGAGAAGUCUAAAUGCAAAAAGAAUGUAACAGCUCAACAGGUUGCAAGCUUCACACUGCCAGCCCAUCAGCAGAUGACAAAUAUGAAAGGAUUUGGCAAACAAACCCUUCUUAUAGCAGCUGGACCAGAACUGACAGUAUACUCUCUGAAUGGGACUGUAUUGAUGGCUUUCAAGGAUCAUCAUAAAAUUAUUACAUCUAUUUGGGAUCCUUUUCAUGUUGUGACAUCUUCCAUGGACCUUUCACUCCGUGUGUACUCCUGGAAAAAUAACAAAUCCUCUUUGUUGACAAGUUGUUAUCAUUUAUUGGGAGGAUCUCACAGAUGGUCAAGUGGCUUCAGAUCUGUGACAUGCGAUGAUGUCAGUAUUGUUGGAAUAGUGGCUGGAAUUGAUGGCAAAGACAUUUUAAGAGCAUAUUCUUUUCAUCUGUAAGAGUUCUGUGCACUUCUGUUUCACUCUAAAUCUUAUCCACCAAGUUGUCCAACUCAAGUGACAAUAGAAGCAUGAUUGAAACCACUACAACUAAUUGACUGAAGUGAUCAAUUACCUUUUCAAUAACCAAUUUGACUAAAUUCCACUUGACAUGAAAAAGACCUACAAGAGCUUUGUUUAGCUUUAUUAAAUAUACCUUAUACCUUAGAUGUGUGUGUAUAAUUUUACAUUCUGUGUUUACAUAUGCUUGUUUUGCUUUGUUUUUCCAUUAAUAAAUGCUACUUUCUAAAAGUUAUGUCUGAAUAUACAGUAUAAAUUAUACUCUCCAAGAUUUUUGUUCAUUGUGGAAAAAUACUUCCUAGGCUAAGUGUCAUUAUAAAUAAAUAGAUAACCUGUUUGCUGCAUGAA